CUUGUUUGCCUUGUGAAUUUGUUCUCACUUACAGUUCAGUUUAGUUAACGUUAUGGAAUCCGAGAAGCUAAACGAAUUGAAUAAACAAAUCAAUGAAAUUAAAAAACGUAUUUUAUUGGCUGAGGGCCAAAAGACGGCCAAUGCAGCCGAAUGGCAGAAACAGAAUCGCAUUAAUUGUGAUACGAUAACCACAUUGAAAAAGGAUAUUAAAGAGCUGACUGUGAAAGUGAGUCGCUUGCGUAAUCCUCUACAACGACCAGUGGUCAUCAAGGAGCCUAGCAGCGAGCCAAGAAGAACUCAAAGUGCCACGCCCACCAUUAUUGUAGGCAAAGCCACAUAUCCGGUAGGGGCUAAAAAUGCCGAAGAUGCCAUUUUUCUCACCGAUCUCAAGAUCACAGAGAGUCGCAAGCAAAUGGAUCUAAUGCGCCAUCGUUUCAAAAUGCGUCAACAGUAUUUCACACGUUUGGUGGAGAAAUAUCGCGAACUUUUGGCCAACAAAGAGGCUCAGAAUCAAAAUCUUGGUGAGAAACCACCAGAAACUCUUGAAGAGGAUGCUAAUAGAAAGCUUGUUUGCCAACUGGAGAACGAGAUUCAUCGCACAAAUGUCCAAUGGAUGGAAGCAGAGCAUAUACGUAAGAAAUAUCGUUCCAUUGAGGCAUCUCUCAUGAACGAUGCCGAGCGAUUUGAGCGAAGUCUCAGAGAAUUGGAGCAUUCGUUGAGCGAACAAAAGGCCGAAAUUGAGCGGUUGCAACAAGUCCAUAAUGAGGCUAUCGAAAUGCGAGAUGCAGCCAAGGUUAUACUCCAGCGGCAAGAGCAACAGGCAAAUUUAUCGCAAAAGACACGAGAACGUCAAGCUCUUGAUUUUCGCAAGCAAGUGGAGGCACGUAAACUGGAAUUGGAGCGCAUUGGACGGAAAUUGUUUGCGGAGACCAAAACUUUAGUCCAUCAGGAUAGCGUUGGAUCCAGUUCGGGGGAUCAGCAUACGGCCAAGACUGAGAAUGGGGAUGUGGAUGGGGAGCCCGUGUCUCAGCUGGAGAGUGUCACCGGCGAUAUGGAGACUCUGUUCAAGCAAUUAAUGGAGGCAUCUGGUGCCACCUCACCCCUUGAGGUAUUUGAACGUUUCAGCGCCCAAAAAGAAUCGGCUGCCCGUUUGAAUUAUUUGCGCAAGGCUGCCGAAGCGGAAAAGGCAAAUUUGGAGGCGGAACGCGAGGCUCUGACCAGCGAAUUGGAGGCUUCGAAAUUCUCCGAUGUCAAGGAGAGUGAAGUUAAUCAAGAGGUUAUUGAACAAAUUAAAAAUAAUAUUGCUUCCAUGGAAGUUGAACGCAAAAAGGAUGUAGAUGCAGCCGAUAAAUCCAUGGGGGUCCUUAAAUAUCUAAAAGAGCGCAUUUGCGAAAUGAUUUUCAAAGUCCAGGAGGUAGAUGAGAGCAAUAUUGACAUGCCAGAGCGUAAAUUGCAUGUGAGUGUUGCCGAAUUGCCCAACUUUCUUACCCACACGGCUGAGGAUGAGGAUCUAAUUGAGAUACUAAAGUUGAAAAUCAAACGUUGUCAAGAGCUUAGCAAGCUUGAGGAGGUGCCACCAUUGGAGAUACCCAAGCUCGAUCUGGAGGAAGAAGAGGAGGAGGCAUUUAAGACAGAGCCACCAAAGUCACCAUCAGUGCACGAGGGUGAAAAACCUCAGCCCAUGCCUAUGUGCUAUUACAAUCUUUUUGCUGGACGUGCCCAAAGGGCAGCUGGCACUUCCUCAUCCUCGCCAGAACAAGCCCCGGCAGCAGUGGCCACCGCGGAUGAUGAUAAUGAAGUGCCCUCACGAAACUUUCUCAAACGUCAGUCAGUGCUUAUUGUGGACUCAAAAUCUAGACGAAAACCAUUUAGGCCCACUCCCGGUGGCAGGCGAAAAUAGUAAAUCCAAUGGAAAUGGAAAAUUAACUGCCCUUUAAAGUAGUUGUCUCAUAGGACAAAAUCAAAGAAAACCAUUUUUAUACCCUUGCAUAAAGGGUAUAUUUGCCCUGGCCAGAAGUGUAAAACGCAUAGAAGAAAGCAUAUCCAACCAUGUAAAGU